CAAAGUUUUAUCAAACUGGAAAUUUCUGGUUUGAUUUUUGUAUAUAGCAUCACAAAUGCACUUUCCUUCAUUUAGUACCAAGAAAUCUUCGCAAUGUUUAGAUACAAGUUCGUCCUGGUUUUGGUUUGUUUGGUGUUUGGUCUGGAGGUUAGAGCUGAACCUGAACCAGAAUACUGUGAUUGUGAAAGUGCUGAAGAUGUACUUGAAGGUAGCGGAGAUGAAGGUGUGUGCGGAGAGGAUGGAUUAGAUUAUGCUAAUGAAUGUUCUGCUCUGUGCUCCAAUACAAGCAUAGCUUGUAAUACCACCUGUCCAUGUUAUCAGUUCUUAACCCUAGUGGAUGAGUUAGAGGACUUCUGCAACUGUUCAAGUAUUGAAGGCUCAGCUGAGUGUGGUGAGGAUGGGAACGUGUAUAUCCGGUUUGAGACUGCUUGUGCUGCAACAUGCUCGAACAAAACAACUGACUGCCCGGAGGGAUGCCCCUGCUACUAUUAUUACUAUGAUUAUCCAGACUAUCUAAACACAACAGAUUUAUAUUAUAAUUAUGAAGAUGAAGAAACUGAAGAAACUAGUUCCACUUAAUCGGGAUUUAAGUAAAAUUAUUUUCAUCCAUGACAAAAAAAAAACAUCCGACAAAAAUUUUGUAAAACUAUUAAAA